AUGUUGUCUCCCUCUCCCAAGAAGCCGCCCGAUCACUUGGGCGAUUUCACCGCCGGCGAAAUGAAGCUCAUUAUGGCCAGUGUCCUGUGCACCCCAGGAAAGAUUGACACCAACAAGCUCGGAAAGCUGACGAACAUGAAGAGAAAUUCGGCAGCAAGCCGAUUUCCAUCCGUCAAACGCAAGCUGGAAAAGAUGUUUGAGAAUCAACUGGACACUCUAGACGAGCAGGAUGACACCGCCGUGAAUGACAACUCUCCCCCUAAGAGUCGAGCGAAGAAGCGUCGUGACAAAGUUGUGGAAUCCCAGCCCAAGGCCGAACUUGAGACCAACACCCAGGCUGAACCUGGAGAACGUUUCGAUACUCCCGUGAAGGUUGAGAUCGAUUCUGAAUAUGAGGAUGUCACCGAAAAUCUGGAGAAGAUCAAGGCUGAACCUAUCGACUAA